AUAUACUAUUGAAUACACAAAUUUUACCUGUCAAUAUAAAGAGCUGUUACAGCUGAAUUUCAGCAUUUAUUGACACGUUUUCAAUAAACAUCUUGUAACCAUAACAAGUUGAAACAUUUCAAAGAAAUAUUUAUAGCUUAAGAAGUAUAACAUUGAUAAAAGUGAUCAUAGCUUUCAGGAUAUUCGUAAAGCUGAGUCAUCAAUUUUGCUCUGCGUCAAUACACUCGUGGAUAUUCGGUGGCGGAAAACAAACGGACUUCAAGUGCGGAGUACAAUUAAACUACGUAAUAAGCAGUUUUGGCCCAUUCACUUAUGAAACAAGACGUGUAUUUUGUUGGCUAAAAUCAAAAGUCACCUGGAUUUAUCAAUUUCUAAGUGAUUGAAUUGCUGAUCGACGAAAAUGAGUAAAAAGAUAUUUUUGUCACAAAUAAAGUCGGAGGGGCUGCAUAUGCCACCACUGACUCCAAAGACGAUUUCUGAUGAGGAGCUGAUUGCCCUGUCUGUGAAGGACCUUAAUCGCAUGCUGAAGGGAUUGACCAGGGAUGAAGUGAUAAAACUGAAACAAAGAAGGCGGACACUUAAAAAUCGUGGUUAUGCUGCUAAUUGUCGUGAGAAACGAAUUUCACAGAAAGAUGUUCUUGAGACGGAAAAAAGUGUGCUGAGGAAUGAAGUAGAUCGUCUUCAGAGAGAAAACGACAUAGUACACAUGGAACUGAGUGCUCUCAAGAACAGAUAUGAUGCUUUACAACGAUUUGCCGAGGCAAACAAAAUUCAUGUGGUGACUGCUCAGCCACUGUAUCUUGGGAACUCGUUGCGGGUUGAGCGCCAUGAACGUCAUGAGCCACCCACACAGCCCAUUGUGCCACAGACUCACAUUACACAGCAGUCAGCUUUCAGUCAGCAUGACUUUGUGAAGUAUUCAGAGUCCAUGCAUCAUGAAUCAGUAAUAGUUAAAAGUGAGCCACGACUACAGCCGUAACCAUCGGCUUACGAACUUCUUCAUUAUUCCAUCCAUAUAGACGCUACUGUAGUUGAUCAAACUCGCCCAUCAAACAUUCUGACAAGUCACAGAUGAAUAUCUGUGUCAAACAACGAAGUGUUCAUAUUGAUAAUCAAAUGUUUCAUCAUACAGAACUGUGCUACAUUAACAUUGUAUUGUAUGUGGGGUUCUUCAAAAGUUAGUAUGUCCCCAGUAUUAAAUGUGCUCCGUUCAUUUCUUAUUAAACAAAUGCAUUUUGGUUAUUAUGAAAUAAGUGCUAUAAUUCAACAUGUAUAUUGUGUUUGUUAUAUUUUGACAAAAUGGUAUAAACAAUCUUUUUUUCAUAAUCUGAAUUAUAUGUUGUGUAUUUUUAUGAAUGUUUCAAGCUCUUGACAACUAAAUUUUGAUUACAUGCCAAUUGAUUUUGUGAAAAUUCUACAUGGGAUACCAUAGAAUUAUACUUUACUACGUAAUUGAAACACUAGUAUAGGUUCAUAUGAGUCAUAUACAUAAAUAAAUUAUCUUUAAAUCAUGGGUUGUGAUUUUCGUUGCAGUUAAACUCUUGAUAAAAUAUGCAUAUAAGUUAAUUUCUGAUUGUUUAUUAAUUUCUGAUAUUAAAAAUUUCAUUUUACAAACACACUUUAAAACAAGAUUUACAAGAAAAUGAUGAUAUUGUGAAUUUGUCUAUAUAUAGAAAGUAUUAUUUUUAAACCAUACAUAAGAUUGUAUUAUUCAUCAUUCAAAGUAAUGAAAAAAAAAUAGGUAGUUCCCCUUUCUUUUUGGAAGUAAAUUUACACAAGGAUGUUUCAUAAAUAGUUAAACAUUUCCAAAGCAGGGAUAUUUUUUCCUGGAAAGAACAUCAUUUAACAAGAUUUCUGUGAAACAUUCAGUAAUACGUCUGUUUUAAACUUAAUAACAUUAUGUCACUUUGAGGUAGAUUAUAAUAAAUGCUAUCAAAAUCUGGUCGAAAUGUAUGACAUUGAUUUAUUUAGUAUCCAAGAUUUCAAUCCUUAAUUGUUAUAUUAUUAAUUGCUUUUGUGUGGUUAACUUAUCCUAACCCAGAUUCUGUUCCAUUGCACUGUACUGAACCUGUUCAAAAUUGCUUUGGUGAGCAAAAUUUGAGAUGACCCAUGUAGAGAUACCUAAAUGUUGAUCAAUGUGGCAUAUGUAUAAAACUGUGUCACCACUUUGUAAAGAAGUAAAGCUUUAUUGCUACAUGUACUCCUAGUAUCUGCUAUCAGUUUGAUUUUCAAUGGUAUGUUGGGUCAAUUAUGUAAUGAAUCAAAUGGCCUGUAAACAUUUUUUUGGUUUCAAUUUACAUAUUAAGUUUAAAUGACAUUCCAUUUGUUGCUUGUGAUAGUGAGAUAUUUUACAUUCUAUGGUUUUGUGAUUUUUCUUUACUUAUCAAUAUUUGAUUUUUUUAUUCCUUAAUCUGAAUGAUUGUUUUUGUAUCCAAAGUUUUUGUUGGCUUUUAAAAAAAAAGUGCAUGGUCAGCUGCAAACAAAUUGUAUUUGAAGACAAAAAUCCUUUGGAAUAAGAAGUCUGGUUUCUGGUUACCUGGGAAUAAGACGUCUGGUUUCUGGUUACCUGGGAAUAAGACAUCUGGUUCCCUGAGAUUAAAGGGACAUGCUCAUGUUUUCGUAAAAUGCACUUUUUAUUGUUAGAUGAAAUAAAGAGUGUCAAAUUAUAACAAAUUUUUAAAUUAAGGUACUUAGGCUAGAACCCUUCAGCAAGUGCUGAUAUAUUCUCAGAUAUUGUUUUUGAAAUCUACGAUUUUGAACAGCAUUAGUAACGCAAUUUGACUAUUGAAGUUAUCCUCUUCUUUGCCUAUAAGUCCUUGUGGGCGUGAGGUUUUGCUGUAAGUUUUCUUAUAUUUCUCACUGAACUGAUGUGGGUUCACUCGCAUCUAACUAAAGCAAAAGUAUUUUUGUUAUACUAUAAGUGUAUCUUUUUGAGGAAUUUAGUAAUCAAAGAGUAAAAAAGUAAUAAAAUAACUGUUUUCCAAUGCAUAACAGGGAAAAGAUUUGGUGCUAAAACAUGAGCAAGUCCUUGGGAAUAAGAAAUCUGGUUCCCUGGGAAUUAGAAGGCUGUUUACCCUUGUUUUAUUUCUUUUUUUAAGAAUUUAAACACCUUGUUAAAAAGCAUCACAAAUAGACUUGUACUCGGUUAUUGCAUACAUGUUUGUCUGAAUUGUGAAUGAAAACAUCAAGUAGCACAUUAGAUUUUAACUUCCAAGGUUUUAUCCACUAAUUGUUUUGGCAUGGUCUUCCAAAAUGAGAUAAUUAUCGAUCAGUAUCGCUAAAAAUAUAAUGGUUUGCAUGAAAUUAUCAACAAUAAGUUCAGUUUAGACAUAAAAACCAUGCCAGAAUACAUGUGUGAACGUUGGACAAACAAAUGUGCUGUAUAAAAUGUAAUUAACUAAAUACAAAAUGUACACCUGUAUAUAUAAUAUACCCAUGCUUCGUUCAGAUGUUCAGUAUUGUUUUUCAUGAGCUCAUCUUCAAUAUUGCCAUAAAUUCUCAUGUCAGUGAUUGGAGAAAAAGUAUAUAUUUUUUAUGUAGAUUUACGGGGUUGUUGUUUUAUUUACUACCUUGUAAGUAAAAGCAACAGUCUUACACUUGAACAUAGAUGAUGGGUGCUAUUGGGACGCUCACACUCCAUGUAUAUCAGCCAUACUGUCACUAACAGUACAACUGGGAAACAGAUAACACCCCAGGACUUGGUCUCUCUUCCUUGACAAUGGUGACAAUAUGUGCAUGGUUACAAGCUAUUUGUAAAUACUGUCAAUGACAUUUAAUAUCUUGAAACAAACAUCAUUCCAUUCUCAUUGUAUUGGAUAAUUUUUUAUAAUUGUUGUUCAGAUGCAGGGUGACUUUCAUGACUGUUUUGUUACUAUGCCCAUCACAGUUGACAUUCUCAAGAACUAUUAGAACCAGCAACUAAAUGUUUGUGAUCUAGUUCAUAAGUGUCCAUUGUCUUUGGUUUAAGACCAUUUCUGACCUGUCCUUAAGUACAUUAUACAAUUUUAAACAACUAUUUAUACAAUACUACUUAUUUAAUUAAUGUCAAAUGGAGUCAGUGCUUUAAAUCAUUUUACUGUAAGUUUUUGUUCUUCUCUUGCCACUAAGAAUGGUAUUUGAAUGUUUCCUUACAAUGCUAUUCCUAUGGUUGAUACGGGCGUUUUCUUUAUCAAUAUUUCUUUUAUUCGGUGAAUCGUUUUCUUUUUUGACAUUGUUUAAAUGUUGCCUAGUGCCGUGUUAUGUGUAAUGUUUAAUAUUGUGUGAUCAUUCGACGAUGGUUACAAUGAAUAAAUUAUGUAAAAUAUA